GAAACUUCUUAGCUUUUGGUUUAGUCCAGUUGUGCUGACUUCCCCUGUAUUGUAUGCUGUCCUUCCCUUCACCUAAGAUAAUUCUUGUCUACUCUCUAGUUAGUAUAGCCAGUGUACUCUUUCUUAAUAUAUUAACUGUCAAUCUCUUUACCUAUUUACCUCAUUAUUUACAUGAAAAUAAUUUUUCAUCUAAAGUUAAUAGCUUUCACAGGCAUCAUUAAUGGUGUUUCAACUGAUUGAUAGAAUUUCAGUAUAUAAAGUACAUAAGGAGAUUUUCACUCCAAGUUACAUUUAGAAUGUUUACCUAUUUUUGAAAGUGAAUGUUUAGAUAAUAAUAGUAGAUCCAGGUUACCUGCCCUUUUUUGUAUUACGGUUGUUGCACAGUAGCCUCCUGGUGCAGUGGUUAAUAGCUUGGCUGCUAACCAAAAGGUCGGCAGUUCAAAUCCACAGGCUGCUCCUUGGAAACUUCACGGGGCAGUUCUACUCUGUCCUAUAGGGUCGUUAUGAGUCAGAAUCGACUCAAGGGCAGUGAGUUUCAUAUGGGUUGUUAUGCUAAUGAGAUAUGAUGGCUGACUAUGCAAUGGCAUAAUCAUUGUUUACACACAAGUUCUAGAAAGUCAGAAAUGAUAUUAAAGUAAAUAUUUUGGUGAUUUGGCCUUCCUGAGGCUGAAGCCAAGCCCCAGAUUUUGUCUGCAAACCAAAGCCAAACGUCAGUACUUCCCUAAAUUAUUUAUGUGAAGUUUGAUUUUUGUGGUUUCUUAACUGCUAGAUUUGUGGGUCUUUACCUUUUAACAUUUUCAUUUUAAUGGAAUUUUUUUACUUAAUAAAAAAAAUGGAGGGAUGUGUUUAGGUGAGUAUAGCCUAACCUGGUUUGAAAUUAGCAAUCUAAGUUUUUUAUAGUAUGACUAACAAUUUGAUCCUUUUCAUAGAUACAUACUGUUGAUUUAUCUCAGUGUUUAAAAAUCUAAUUCUUACCAUUUAAUUUUAUAUAAUAAGUAGAAAAACAUGAUUUUAAAGUUGUUUUGUUUUUUAGAUAUGACUUUGGGUCAGUACACUUUCUUUUUUGAAUUGUCUAAAAUGUUAUUGAUUGACUGCUAGCCAGAUCCUCAUUUGGCUGCUGAAGAAGAAGCUAAACGUUUGGAAGAACUACAAAAACAAGUAGCACAAGAGAGACUGGAACAGUUUGAAAAGGCACACGUACGGGGUUUUCACGCAAUGAAAAAGAUCCAUUUGGCUCAAAAUCGAGAGAAACUAAUGAAAGAACUCAAACAGCUACAACAAGAGGAUCUGGCACGUAGGAGACAGAACGUAGCACGAAUGCCACCGCAACUAGUUGAGCUGCCAUACAAACGCAGUGAAAUGAAAGAAGACUGGCAGAGAGAGCUAGAAUUUGCCUUUGAAGACAUGUACAAUGCAGACAAGAAGGUGAAAGGAAACCUGAUUUUGCACCUUGAACCAGAGCCUUUGCCCACUGAUCAGACCCAAGAUGAGGAGCUGGACCUUUCGAUGGAACAAGAAGAUUUAAAUGAAACUGAGAAUCCUCAAGUUUCAGAAGCUGAAAAAAUACAUCCUAGUGAAAUAGAUGUUCCCUUGGCAGUGAACACCCAACAGAUCCCGUCAAAAAUUCUUUUUAAAAAAUUAUUAAAUAAGAUCCGAAGCCAAAAGUCUCUCUGGACAAUUAAAUCCAUGUCUGAGGAUGAAAGUGAAAUAAUUGGGACUGUUAGUGAAGCUGAGAGUAAAGUACUAACCAUUGAAUCAGGAACGAUUGCCAGUGAAGAGCAAACAUUACCUCCUGGGCAGGAACAAGUUCUUGAAAGUGAUGCACAAACAGUUGAGUCGGGACCGCUUGCUACUGAAGAUAAGCCACUUUCAUGCAAUACAGACUCUGAGAAGCAACGAGAAGUAAAUGAGACUCAAUGUAUCACAACGGUAGCUCAGAAUUCAGUUCUACUUCAUCCUCAAGAAGAAGCAGCCAGAAUUAGAAUGUCAGCAAGGCAGAAACAGAUAAUGGAAAUAGAAGAGCAGAAGCAAAAGCAGUUGGAAUUACUUGAACAAAUUGAACAACAGAAGUUAAGAUUAGAAACUGACUGCUUCAAGACUCAGCUGGAAGAAGAAAAGAGAAAAAGCAUUCAACAGACUGAGGUGGGCAUUGCUCCAACAUCGGGCACCGUGAUUUCUGAUGAAGACAGUCAUAGGCAAAUGAUUCAUAACUAUCAACGUCAGCUUUUAGAACAAAACAGGUUACACAGACAGUCUGUUGAAGCUGCCAGGAAACAAUUACAUGAGUAUCAGACUCUGUUAAAAGAAAGGUACCCAUCCAUGUCAGCUACGUCAUUGAUACCUGACUCUGUUAUAUCAGUACUACCUCAGAAAUCUGAAAGGCCCACUCUUAUAUCAGAGCAUUGGGAUCAAGGUCAGAGACCCAAGUUGAGUCCUAACAAAUAUCAACCCAUACAGAUCUCCAGAUUAGAAGAAGGUCAUUUUCGGGUACCAAGACAGAAUCUCUUUUCACAGAGACAGGUAGAAACAACAGAAGCAUUAAGCACUUCAAAUAUUUUAGCCAAGCAAUCUUUGGAAUCACAGGAACAUCUAAGGUUAUUCUCACAGGCUGAAACACAACAGAGAGAUUAUAAAUUGGUCCCUGAAGAUUCUCAUAGACUUUCAAGGGCUUUGUCACAUGAUAGGCCACUAAUAUUUCAGGAUACUAAAGAAAUACCUCAUACAUCUAGGGCAACAACUUUUCAAACUUUAGACUCCCAGCAGAUGUUCUCAGAAAACAGUCAGAAUAUAUCUUCUAAGCUGACUGAACCCUCUUCAUUUCUACCACUGGUGGCUGAGCAUUCUUUUAGUUCUCUGCCUGCUAAAGAUGAAUCUGGAAGAAUCCAGCAACCCUUUUCAACCGAGAGCAAAAGUACAUUUUCCUUAGAUCAUUCUGUAAUCAGUCAAAUGCAGGAUAGGCCUUUGCCAUCCUCAGAGCGUAUCACAGCCCAGCAAGGUAAUUUGAAGGUUCUCCAAGAACAGUUGGACCUACAAAAGGAAGUUCUUCGAGCGAGACAGGAAUCUCAGGAACAACUCCUUUUGCAUAAACAGAAAGCAUUGGAAGAGCAAACUGGCCUCUCUUUAUUUCUUCCUUUGGUAGCUUCACGUUCAUUUGCUUCACUCCCUUUUGCCAAAACUGAAUUGGGGGAAAUCCAGCAGUCUUCUUUAACCAAGAAUGACCCUGCAGUUUACACAGGCCAUCCUGUAACCCCACAAAUUCAAGACAGGCUUUUGGGUUUUUCACAGUCUAACUUAUCUCAGCAAGAUAACUUAAAAUUUCUCCAUGAACAGUUAAAUGUUCAGAGGGACAGACUUCAGGCUAGGCGGGAAGCCCAGGAAGUGUUAUGUGUACAUAAACAGAAUGAAUUUGAUGGAAGUGUAUCUUCUGAGAAGGCUGAAUCCUCUACUCUCCCAUCUCAGGUAGCUCAGCACACAUUUACUUCACUAUCUUCUGCUGAAACAAAAUCUGGAAAAAUCCAGCAGCCGUAUUCAUCCAGGAGUGAGAAACGAGUUGUCUCAAGCCGAUCUGAGAUCCCAACAUCUCAAGAUAGGUCUUCGAGUUUCCUACAGCAGUUCCUACCUCUGCAUGAUAGUUUAAAAUUGCUCCAACAGCAGCUGAGUACACAGAGGGCUACUCUUCAGGCUAGGCAUGAAGCCCAGGCAGCAUUACUUUUACAGAGACAAAGGGAUUUGGAGGUCAGUAAAUCUGGGCAGGUGAGUUCUUCAUUCUCAGCAAUGGUUGCUCAAGAUUCAGUUGCUUCACAAGCUUCUGCUAAAGCUGAGCCUAGCAGAAUUCAGAAACUUUAUUUAUCUGAGGAGAGUCUAAUUCCUUCAAAUCAUUUGGUAAUCCCAGCAUUUCAAGAUAAGUCUCUUAGUUUUCCACCACAUAGCCUAUCACAGCAAGAAAAUUUGACAACACUCCAAGAACAAUCACACAUACAGAGGGUAACACAAGGUACUAAACAAGAAACUCAGGAAUUUGUGCAUAAACACAGUGAAUUGGAUAAAAGGUUUUCUUCUGAACAGACUGGCCCCUUUUCAUCCCUAUUCCAGGUAGCAGAAUCAGAAAGAUCCCAGGAAUUUAUGUCACUCAACAGUGAUAGUACAGUUCCCUUAAGCCAUUCUCUGAUCCCAAAAUUUCAGGAAAGACUUUUGAGACUUUCACAACAUGUAUUACCUGUAAAAGAUAAUUUGGAAGAACGUCAAGAACAGCUAGACACAGAGAAAGAGGCUCUUCAUUUUACCCAGGAAAAUAUAUCUUCUGAACAAACUGGCUCCUCUUCAUUCAUACCCCAGUUAGGGCAGCUUUCAUAUACUUCAUUACCUUCUGCUGUAUCUAGUACAGUCCAGGAGCCUGUGUCAGUAGAGAAUGACAGUAAAAUUUCUUCAACCCAUUUUCAGAUACCACAGUUGCAGGAAAGGCUUUUGAGGCUAUCACAACUUAUCCAGCCUCAACAAGAUAAUUUGAAAUCUCUUCAAGAACAGUUGGCUACCCAGAGGGAAUCUAUCAUUCGAUCUAGACAGGAAACUCAGGAAGAAUUACAUUUAUAUAAACAAAGUGGGUGGAAGGAAAGAGUAUCUCCUGAGCAGGUUGGUACCUUAUCCUUCUUACCCCUAGUAUCCCAGCAUUCAUUUGCUUCAACAUCCCUUACUGAAUUGGAGAGAAUCCAAGAAUCUUGUCCAACUAAGAGUGAUAAUACAGUCUCCUCAAGUCAUUCUGAGAUACCAAGAUUGCCUGAUAGGCUUUUGGAUUUGUCAAAGCCUAUAUUACCUCAACAAGAUAAUUUGAUUGCACUUCAAGAACACUUACAUACACAGACAAAUGUCCUUCCUACUAGCAAGAAAACUCAGAAAGAAUUGGUUUUGCCUGGACAAUGUAAAUUUGGGGAAAAGGUAUCUUGUGAGCAAUUUAUCCAGCCUCUCUAUGGUGAUUUGAAGGGACUUCAAGAACGGUUAGAUGUACAAAGGAGAACCAUUCAGUCUACACAGGAAGUCCAAGAAGAAUUGCUUUUACCAAGACUAAGUAAGUUGGAGAAAAGGGUAUCAUCUGAGCAGGUUAAUAGUUCUUCAUUCUUAUCCCAGGAAGUACUGCCUGUUACUGACUCUGGAAGAACCCAAGAGCCUUUCCCAACCAGAAGUAACAACAGUAUUCCCUCAAAUCUUCCUGAGAUUCCAGGAACACAUGAUAGGCUUUUGAGUUUAUCCCAGUCUGUUCUGCCUCAACAAGAUAAUUUGGACUUGCAAGAACUAUUGGACUUACAAAGGAAAGCAGUGUGUUCUAGUGAGAAAACCCAGGAAAAACUGCUUUUAAACAAACAAAGCAAGUUGAGCAGAAGUGAAUCUUCUGAGCACACUGUCUUCUCUGUGUCUGUACCCAAGGAGUCAAAGCAUUCUUUUAUUCCACUACCUUUUGCUGAAACUAAACCUAGAAGAAUUUGUGAAUGUUACUCAUCCAACAGUGAACAUAAAGUUCCCUCAAGUGAUUUUAUGAUCCCCAAAUUACAAGAUAUUUUGAGUUUUUCACAGCCUGUCUUGGCUUAUCAGGAUAACUCAGGACUUCAGAAGCAGUUGGAUCUACAAAAAGAAGCUCUACGUUAUAGCCAGAAAGCCCAAGAAGAAUUGCUUGUCCAGAGACAAGCAGCAUUGCAACAGCAGAUACAGAAACAUCAAGAGACUUUGAAGGAUUUCUUUGAAGACAGUCAGGCAAGUAAGCCUACAUUUGAAAAUGAUUUAAAAACCCAGAAGAUGGAACAGCUCAGAGAGUGGUUUCCUUACAUCCAAGACCUAGUAACAGAUGAUCAGGAAGACAUUAAUCAUGUAGAUAGGAACAACUCUGAUGACAAUCAAUUGCUUUCACAAGAUCUUACUACCAAGCAAAGGGGUGAACAUCUGGACAAAGAACUGAGUAGGAGGUUCUCAAAGCCACCUCUAGCGAAAGUUAAAUGUGGAUUAGACUUGAACCAACAUGAACUUAGUGCCAUACAAGAAGUAGAAUCACCAGGAAGUGGCAGAGCUUCUAUACUAGGUAAAACAGAUUUUUCUCAAGACAGAGACCCCGUGAGGGUCUCAGUAAGCCGAGAACAAAGUUUACUUGGUAGCUCACUAGACCAUAAUUCAUUUGGUCAUCAUCAACCAGUUACCCAGAAGAAUGUCUAUGGUGAUAACUAUGAUGAAACAGUCAAGGUCGAGGAGACUGUUGCUGACUGUCAUGCGGCAUUAAGUGAUGCUGUGGAGGAACGAGAGCGUACAUAUCUAGAAUCAAUUGUGAAGCCAGAUAAUAAGGCUGAAACACAAGAGAUUUCUCAUGAGCCAUUAUCUUCAAUAACUGUUUCUACUGGGAGUCUUUUAAGUUACGAAAACACAGAUUUGAGCCUUACGGAUCCAGAGUCAUUUGCUGAGCAGGUGGACAGUAGACAACAAGAAUCCACCGCUGGCAAGGAAGAGGAAACAGAUCUUUUAAGUUCUGCUGUUCCUCCAAUACAAGCUACUUAUCAAAGGCAGAGCUCUUCUGACAUUCACAAAUCUCCAUUGCUUUUGGUAGAAGAAUUAACAUCUGGUCAAAUGCAUAUUCAGCAGAUCAUAGACAAGUACAUAAAUGAAGCAAAUUUGAUGCCUGGAAAAACAAAUUUUAUGGUUCCAUCAGUUGACCUUGACUUGUCAGAAUUGGAACAAACUUUUCCAAAUUUGCAUCGUCAGCUCUUUAAACCCUUAGAACCACAUCCAGACUUUGAUUUGUUAUCCUCAUUUUCUGGGAUUUCUCAAGACAGCAGAGACUUUUACAAGGGCUCAGAGUCUUCGUCUGAAAGCCAACAUGCUACUGGAUCAUCUAAAAGCACAGUUUCUUUUUCAACACCAAGGAACCUGCAUUUUUCUCUUAACGUGAGUCUGGACCCGCAGCUUGACCCUAACUCGGCGCAUGUUGCAGCUCAGAGUUGUGUGACAGAAAAUGUUAUUGAGGGAUCUGAACAGUCUUUUCAACAGCUUCUGCCAGAAUUUUCUUCACAGGAGGGGAGCCAGCAUGUGGAUCUACCAAGUAUUUUUAGCAUUGAAGAAAGAGAUUCUUCUCAAGGCUUGGAAAAUCAGAACUACCCCUCUGAAGAAGUAUUACAAAUUAAGAAAGAAGGUGUUCCUUUCCCAGUCUCUCUAGAAAAUUUGCUAAGUUCAUCUGAUGAAGUUAAUGUAUUUAAUCAGUUAAAUGUACAGCAUAACACUCCAUGUGGUUCUACCUCUAGUGAGUGCUCAAUAAAAGACCAACCAGAAGACAGAAAAAGAAGACUGUCCUUUAAAGAACUGUCUGAAAGACGGCUUGGCGUAAUGUUAGACGAUCAAGGUCUCACUGAAGAUGAUAAAAAUGAAGCUGGUGGGGUUUUAGACAUAAGACCACACGCAGAGGAAAUUGACUCUCAGUUACACGUAAGAACAGUGGAGAUGGGAACUUCACUUCACACACCCCAUUCGUUAACUAUUCGGAAUGAAAAAUAUUUUGAGAAUUCAACUAAAAGGGAAACUCCGGAAAUCUUAAAAAAUCUAUCUCAAUCAGCACAAUCAGAGCUCUUUUUAAGUUCUGGAACAUUUUCAGUACAGAACUGUAUUCCAGUCUGGGAGACAGAGUCUGGCCAUGGUAUAAUGGAAGAGCCAGAACUUACUUUAGUAAGCACCAGUGAUAUCAGUAUUGCUGAAACAGAUUUCGAAAACUUAACUCUAGAAGAAAGGAGCGAGACUGAGGCAAAAAGCUGUUUUCAGGUGAGUGAAUUUCUGCCUCUUGUACCAGAAACAGAAACAUCAGCUUGUCCAUCUGUAUCAGAGCAUUCUGGGGAGGAGUUAGUAACACAGCCUGCAGAAACCCUUCCAAAGUUCAUAGCUAUACCAGAGACAGCUAUACGGGAGAGCUUACAAGAAGCAUUUUUAAAAAGAAAAAAAACAUUUAUUGAGAGAUCCACUCAGAGGCAGAAAGAAGUAAGGAACAGAGUUCACGUCACUGAAAAUUCUCAAGUCAAAGCAGCUGAGAAACCUACAGGCUCUUCUGUGAGUCACCUAAAAGGUGUGAGUAAAGUUAGAGUGUCUCUCCCUGAAGACAGAAGAACUGCACAAGCCCUCAUGUGCCAAAGGGCUCUAAGAUCAUAUAAUCAAUUAGCUGAAGUUAAACAGCAAAAGGAAGAGAAAGCAAGAAAAGCAGCUUAUGCCCAAAACAGAGCAAGGGCUAAAGAAUUUCAUCAGGUGGGUUCAGUCCCCUCCCCUCCAGUUUUUUCUAAGGUAGACCAUAACUGCAAAUUCUAAUUGAGUUUUAUUCCCUCCACAGAAAA